GCUCUCGCUACCUACGUUGUACUCGACCUCUCUUGCUGCUGCUUCUACGGCAAGCGAUAUUUAUUCGCCCCCCUUGCGCUCCGUAUAACAAGUCUACAGUCUUUCCGUUCGCUUAGAGCAAUAUUGAUAGUGCUCGCCACUUGGCAUAUCGUGCAUACUCGCUUUCGUUUGUAAACAGCCCAUGGUAGUACUGUUGUCCGCCUCACAUGGACCCGCAAGACACGUCGAACCCUGAUAACCUCCGCGACGGGGAGGAUUCUCGCUCCGACCCCGACAGACGUCCGACCGAGGCCUCCUCAAACCGUCUCGCGCGUUAUGGCCUACGUAUUCUGCAACAGCCACAGCGUGCUAGAGCAUGUGGCUACGGUACUAAAGAUAGGAGACGAGUAGAUCCCCCGCCUGUUCUCGAGCUAUAUAAGAUCAAGGCCAAUGGGGUCGAAGAAAUCUGCACGCAGGAAGAGCCAUACCUGGUUUGCCAUGCAUCCCUGACGGACGCGGAUGGCGUAGAAGACUGCUCGCUGAUUCGAAACCACUACGCCGAACCGCAAGCUGACGAGCUCGCGCAAACGCAGCACUCUCUCAUCGGUCUUUACGUUGCGACGCCUCGGCUUCUCAAGGAUAAACAAGGAACUACGAGGCUGAUGUUUGUGUUCUCCGACCUGAGCAUCCGGCCCGCGGGAACCUUUCGAUUGCGGUUUCGUCUGGCUGAUUUGCAACCUGUUCUGUCUGGAUCGGACCUUGCUACGAAAGAGCCGUCGCCGCAGUAUCUGCCUUCGUCUGUCGGCCCCUCGGCUUUCCGUGAUUUGACCACUGAACAAGCAAGACCAUCGCCUAUUUCAGGCAAACGUUUCAGCGCUCCUGUACCUGCCAGCACCACCGCACUAUCUCAGGCCGCCCCGAGUUCCCAAGCUCGAAGUUCAGGCUCUGGUUCCCAAGCUCGAAGUUCAGGCUCUGGUUCCCAAGAACGAAGUUCAGGCUCUAGUUCUCAAGCACCGACCUCGCACCCCUGGCCCUCUCAAUCACAAGGUUUCGGUUCCGCUUCCCAGGCCUUGACACACACCUCGCAAACACAACCGGAUGGUGGUGGUCCGACCCCGCCCAGCAAAGUUAGCGUGAUUCCAUCAACUGUUGUGGCAUUGAGCGAACGGAUUACCAGCUUCAAGGCUAAGGCAUUUCCGGGAAUGUUAGAGACCACACAACUCUCCCGUGCCUUGGUGGCUGGCGGCUAUUCCGACAUCCACCUCCGUCGGCCUAUCGUGGGCUCAGGCAAUGGAUCGGCACAAGGUUCGCGAGCUGUCUCUCCACCGCGGCGAACGGCAACAUCCGCGCCUGCAGAGCACCCCACGAUUCCGUGCGUUCCAGAAGCAACGGCAGCCAUUGCGGCAUCGACCAUCACUGAUCCGAUGGAACCGAUUGAGGAUACGAUGGUGGAGCGCUUGGGAGAGGAAGAUGAGGUGUUCAAUCCGGCGGAUGACUUUAAAACGGUUUGAACGGCCGUGGCACUUGCGGAACCUUCCACGAGUGCCGUAAUGCAGAGCAAACGGGUUGCAUCCCCAACAAGAUCAAGAAGAAUGUCCGCAAGUCAAUA